AAAACACUUCCACCUCUUUUUCACAUGUCCUGCGUUCCCAGUGGCUGUCAUUGCAUAUCAACACAGCUGAAAUUUUAAAUAUUCAGCGCUUUUGUUUCACUACACCCGACUGAAGCUGAACUAUGACUAAAGAAAAUGUACAAGGAGCUGGCGAGGAGGAGCAGCAGGCCCAGUCCAAGAAAGGCCUGAAGAAACAGCAGAAGGAAGCAGAGAAAGCAGCGAAGAAGGCAGAGAAACAGGCCAAGCUGGCCGCAGAGCAGCAGGAUGCUGAUGAGGAUGACUUUGCCAAGGAUCGCUAUGGGAUCUCUCCUAUGGUCCAAUCCCAGCAGAAACUGGACAGGGCGUUGGUGCGUGUCCAGGACCUGACACCCGAGAAGGCAGAGCAGCAGAUCUGGGUGCGUGCCAGAAUUCACACCAGCAGAGCUAAAGGGAAACAGUGCUUCUUGGUCCUGCGUCACCAGCAGUUUACCGUGCAGGCCCUGCUCGCCGUGGGAGAACGUGCGAGCAAGCAGAUGGUCAAGUUUGCAGCUAACCUCACGAAGGAGAGCAUCAUUGACGUGGAGGCUGUGGUGAAGAAGGUUGAGCAGAAGAUCGAGAGCUGUUCACAGCAGGAUGUGGAGCUCCAUGUUGAGAGGAUCUUUGUGAUCAGCCAGUCUGAGGCCAGACUUCCCCUUCAGCUAGAAGACGCUGUCAGGCCCGAGGGAGAAGGAGAUGAGGAGGGAAGAGCCACUGUCAAUCAGGACACCAGACUGGACAACAGAGUUAUUGAUUUGAGGACUACGACCAGCCAGGCCAUCUUCCGGCUGCAGUCCGGCGUAUGUCAGCUCUUCAGAGACACGCUCAUCAACAAGGGCUUUGUGGAGAUUCAGACCCCCAAGAUCAUCUCUGCUGCCAGUGAGGGUGGCGCAAAUGUCUUCACAGUCUCCUACUUCAAAACCAGUGCGUACCUGGCCCAGUCCCCUCAGCUCUACAAGCAAAUGUGCAUUUGUGCUGACUUUGACAAAGUCUUCUGUGUCGGACCAGUGUUCAGGGCUGAGGAUUCCAACACUCAUCGCCAUCUGACGGAGUUUGUGGGUCUGGAUAUUGAAAUGACUUUCAAUUACCAUUACCAUGAGGUCAUUGACUCCAUUACUGACACCAUGGUUCAGAUCUUUAAAGGACUACGUGACCGGUUCCAGACAGAGAUCCAGACUGUGAACAAGCAGUACCCCAGUGAGCCGUUCAAGUUCCUGGAGCCCACGCUGAGACUGGAGUAUAUGGAGGGAGUGGCCAUGCUCAGAGCUGCCGGGGUGGAAAUGGGCGAUGAGGAAGAUUUGAGCACACCCAACGAAAAGCUGCUUGGUCGUCUUGUGAAGGACAAGUAUGACACUGACUUCUAUGUUCUGGACAAAUACCCCUUGGCAGUAAGGCCAUUCUACACCAUGCCUGACCCCAACGACCCGAAAUACUCCAACUCAUAUGAUAUGUUCAUGAGAGGAGAGGAGAUCCUGUCUGGAGCUCAGAGAGUCCACGAUGCUCAGCUGCUCACUGAAAGGGCAAUGCACCACAGCAUUGACCUGGAGAAGAUCAAGGCCUACAUUGACUCGUUCCGUUAUGGAGCUCCUCCUCAUGCUGGCGGUGGCAUAGGUCUGGAGAGAGUGACCAUGCUUUAUCUCGGCCUACACAACGUACGUCAGACCUCCAUGUUCCCCCGUGACCCCAAACGCCUGACCCCAUAAACAUUAAAGUAGCCAGUCAGCCUCUCGUCUCCCAUCCCGCCUGAAACAGUACAAGCUCUCGGUCACCCAGCCAUCAGGGAUCUGGACGUGCCAGGAUGGGGAAUUGCCAUGACCAUUAAGCCAC